CGUGUCCCUCAGGUCACUGCUCUGAGUCCUCGACAUUGUAGCCAGUGAAAUCCAUGUGCCUGCAAAGCCGUGUCGGGUCCUGGGGGUUGCCCACUCCAUCCUCCUAUUGGACACCCGGAUUGCAGAAGCUUACAUGGCAGCUCUUCCUCAUGCUUGCAGGCCCUUCUUUCCCAAAUAUCUCUUCUGGGCUACAUGAUUUAUGCUGACAUUAAACCCUGAAAGGCUUGUAACAGUGUCUCCAUAAAAAGGACCCGGUCCCUGAUCUGACUUCAUCUGACCUGCACAUACGUGAGUCCUUUCAUAUGUCUGCUUUAACAGCUCUUGGUGGCACUAAGCCUGAAACCCUCCCCACUGAGGAUAUUUCUCCGUGAAAACUGAUCACAAUACCAUGCUUCGUUUUAAAGUGUUUUCCAUUUUUAUUUCAAUGUAGGAAACAACCGAGUCACUGAUAAUUAUGGGGGAAUAAAUCCUUCUCCAGGAACAUUGGAGGAAGACUUGCGGAAUGAAGUACGGGAGAUGCUGGAAGGAUUUCAAGAUGACAUUAAACGGGCUCUUCUUGCAAAGAGAAAAAUGUUUGAGAUGAAUAUGAAAGCUUCUAUCAGCACCACUAAUGCAAAAAUUGGGCAUGUUUGGAAAACACAACUAGAACAAAGGCAGAAUCUUCAUCUCCGAUAUUCUCGGCAGCUUCGGACUUUGCUUCGGGAGUGGAAUAUAGACGUGCAGAAAGCCCAGGAACAAGAAGAAAAACUAGCUAACAUGUUUCGAGAGCAACGAAAGAUUCUUCGACAAGCUAGAAUUGUUCAGUACCAGAGACUGAAAAAAAUGAAGAAUUUAUAUGAGCAGUUCUUAAAGAGUAUGGAGGAGUUAGAGAAGGAUCAUGAACAUCUUCUUACUGAUGAGCAAAGCAAAAUUAGACAAGAAAUGGCCAAGCUGCAAAACAAAAUUUUGCUGGAAGCUCAGCAGCAAGAGCUGGCAAUGGUUCGGAAGUCUCUUCAAUCCCUGUUAUUCUGAUGACUUUGAAGGAAGAAUUUGAACCUAAAGUUAGUUAUAUGAUACAAGUGUAACAUUAGCUACAUCAAACCACGUUGCCGUGGCUUAAAAGUUUUCUAGUUGAAGUCAGCACAUCUUGUUUAUCAUUUGCUUGUUAAGUGAGUGUAAGCAUCCUUUUCUGUUAACCACCAAAUGGAUCCCUACGCAGUUAUGUGGGUGGCAGCAAUUCCACAGGUACAUGUAUCCAGCUUUCAACCCUGUGGUAGCAGUGGAGUUGUUUUCUCCCUAACACCGUCAAGUAACUUUUAGGUUUUGGCCCCAGCAAUUCUGUUAUCAACCCCAAAAGAUAGAAAGCACAAGUGCAGAAUGUUACGGUGUUCUUCCUUAAGGAAAAAGAAAAAUGAAGGCUAGAAAAUCUAUUUUAUCUGUGCCCGCCCCCACCAUGUCUUUACUCAGUGGUUUACAGAGCCAAUUCCAGGGGGGAAAUGAUUUGAAAGGAAAAUCUACUCUAUUGCCUUAUAGAAAUUAUUAAAGGCAUCUGAGAUUCUGUUUUUGAAUAAAGUGGACUGCUAAAAAUCUU